UUGACCGUUACUACCCGCCGUAUUAUGCUUUUGAAAUCUCCUCCACACCACCAAUACAAACAAACAACGGAAAUAAAUUAUGACUGAAAAACUACUCUUCCAGCUAAAGCAAUCUCUUGGUGGUGAAUCAUGGCCGAUCAGGACAUUCUUUGGUGUUUAAGUUUGGAUAGGACGGUAAUGAUCAUGUCAGUAACACAUUUAUUAAUGCGUAUGCGAGGUUUGGUGGAGUGGGUCACGCCCGGAAGGUGUUCGAUGAAAUUGGUGAGAACGAUUUAGUGUCGUGGAACUCGAUGAUUUCAGGGUACUCACAGAUGGGGUACGCUGCAGAGGCCGUCGAGUUGUUUGGAAGGAUGAGGGAGGAUGGGUUUGAGCCAGAUGAGAUAACUUUGGUUAGCGUUCUUGGGGAAUGUGAAGACGUGGGGGAUCUGAGACUGACUCUGGGGAGUUGGACAGAGGAGUUUGUCAUGGGAAAUAAGAUGGAGCUGAUGAACUCAUAUAUGGGCUCUGCUCUGAUUGACAUGGAUGGAAAAUGUGGGGAUUUGGUAUCUGCAGGGAGGGUCUUUGAUAGGAUGCCCAAAAAGGAGGUGGUCACUUGGAACGCCUUGAUUACAAGGUAUGCGCAAAAUGGAUCAUCAACUGAAGUAAUGCCGGUAUUCAAUUGCAUGAUAGGGGCCAGCAGUGAUCCAGAUGAAAUCACAUUGAUAGGAGAACUAUUUGCUUCUGCCUCAUUUGGGGCCCUUAGUUUGGGAAAAUGGGUUGAGACAUAUGCCUCACAAAGAGAGAGGCUUACACCAUGAUAUUUAUGUUGCUACAGAAUUAAUUGAUAUGUAGGAGUUCAGAUAAUGCAUGAAAAGUUUUCAAAGAAAUGCCCCAAAAAAAUGAGUUCUCAUGGAAGACCAUGAUCUCUGCUCUUGCUUUUCAUGGCGAGCUUAGGAGGCUUUGUUGCUUGGCACUCAAAAGAAAUGUUUAAGAUAUGCUUAAAAGUGCUUGCAAGUAGAGAUGCUUUAUUGUUUUUGUUUGUGUCCCCCAAAUAAUCUUUGUUCUAGAUCUACCUUGCAGCUAGAUCCGGUGGAAGUAUGAGAAUGUGCAUCUCUGGAAGAGUUAACUGGAAGGAAUAAAUGUUUUAGAGUGGUCCAGACUCCUGGGAGGUGAGUCAAGAUCCUUUGAUUUUUUAUGUUUUUGUCUUCCUAAGUUUUUUUGCUUGGUAUAUUAACUUUCUCUGUUUAGAAGAUCAUCAAUCUUGUUAUUUCUUAUUAACGUGCUUUUUGUGAAGUUGCUGAACCAAAGUGCCACACUUUGAGUGUCAGUAUUACAACCUAUAAACCCUCUAAAUUACUCUCGAUUUUUGA